CAGUAGACCAACAUCCUCUUCGAGUUGUCCUUUUUCAACAUCUAGUAAUUUUAAACAUCCGUCCUCAACAAUCACGGCGCCCUCUACCACCAUCGACUCUCACGUCUCGGUCCUCUUCGCGAUCAUAUCUAGCUUGUACGAAGCCAUGGUGAAUUCUGUGUCCGACGUGGAAGCGCGAAAGAUGAUCCCCUUCCGGUUUCUGAAGCAAAAUUACAAUGACCAGCAACUGUCUGUGAAGCAGUGUCUCGACAGCGUUGCGACGAACCUGAUCUUAUGAACUGCAAAAGUAUCGUACUCGUAUAAUUGCAUUACAAAUUUUCUCAGCAUGAGAAAUGAAAUUUGUAAUGCAGAUUUGCCUUAAGAAAAAGAUUUGUAAUGCAUGAAUGCAAUUACUACGAGUACGAUACUUUUGCACAGGAUAGAUCUACUCGGUUUCGAAACUCCUCUCCUGGCGACAAAACUACGACCAUCUAUGGCGUUCUCAAGUGUUACAUUCUCAACUGUUACAUGAAUUUGUCAUGCAAAUUCACCACCAAGAUUGCCACCAUUAAGCUGCUUCGCAUGACAAAUCUACGAGAGGCCAAACAGCAUCUAAAUCUGUGCCAAAUCUGUCAUGCGAAAGCAGCAAGCUUGCCUCGUUCAUUGUUACCAUUCUUGCGUCACAAAUUCGUGUAACAGCUGAGAGUGUAACAGUUGAGAACGCCAUGCCAUCGUGUGGUCGGGUAUGAGAAUCUGCUGUGGAUCGAACACGAAGAGGCGGCGCAAAGUGCAGCGACUAUCGGGAUCAUGAGCAAUAACAGUGUAGUAGACGGAGUGUACUAUUCCGAGCCGAAAGUCAUUCCAGCGAUGUUGAAUAGUGUAUCCAGUGCAGCAGGAGAUCAUCCUGGAGGUGGAACAGCGAAGCCGGGGCCUCAUCAACAAAUCUCUGCCGCGCAGCAGCAUCAGCAGCAUACCAACGAGGAGGCGGAGAGGCUAAGGUUUGUGCAGAAGUUGUGGAAGCAUCUGGAGUUUCUGCUGGCUUUGAACGGUUCUUUUCAUCUCGAGGAGGAGAUGACGCUUUUGUUGCAAAAAACCGCC